UUUCCUUAACCACUACAGCAGUGCAAGAGCCAUCGGAGCCGUGAGCAGCACGACAUAACAUCUGGUAAAAGAGAUAAAACCUCUGUAUAUCUGAACGGCAGCAUUAGUGUUAGAAGGAAUGAAGCAUUUUCUAGGAGUGGUAAUGGCGCUCGUGCUCCUCAGAGUCCACGGGAGAAAGCCAAAUCACGGCAACUGCGUGGAUGACUAUUGCAUUACUGUCCAUACAGAUCUUGUGGAUUUUAAUUCAGCACAAAUGUCCUGUAAAGGUAAAGGAGGUAAUUUAAUGACUAUACGAACAAUGGCAGCAAACCAUGUCGUUUCAGAUGUGUUAACUGGACAUACUGGAGACUUUUGGAUUGGUUUAAGGUACAUGAAUGACUUCUGCUCAAAAUCAACCCAUGAUCUGAAAGGAUACACAUGGAUAACCGGAGACGAAGCAACCAAUUUCACAAACUGGAAAAAACACGAAGAUGUCUGCUCGAAGACAUGUGUGUCGCUCUCUAAAGAUGAUCCCAAAUGGACAGAAAGACUCUGUCAUCAGGUAGUUGACGGAUAUUUGUGCGAGUACAAAAACACCGAAAAGUGCAGGCAGCUUUCAUCCAAUUCACCAGUUUUGUAUGAAACUCCUUUUGGAUUUGCCAGAGAGGAUCUGCUAGAAGUGCCCACCGGGAGCAACGCAACAGAGAAACAUCUGGGAACAAAAUUCAUCUGUUUCGAAGGUCAAUGGCUUAAAGCACCAUGGAAUUGUGAAGUUUUUAAAGGAGGUUGUGAGCAUGAUUGUAAAAAGUGGAACGAUUCCUUUAUUUGCACCUGCCUUCCAGGUUAUAAACUUGAAAGUAACGCAGUCCGUUGCAUGGCACACGGUGACCCGUGUGUACGAGCAAAUUGUUCUCAAGAGUGUGUAGUGAAGGGAGAUCGUUCUGUUUGUCAGUGUCGUAGUGGAUAUGAACUUCUGGAGGAUGGAAAGACCUGCAAGAAUAUUGAUAACUGUAAGAAUAAAAAUCUGUGUCCAGACAAAAACUCCUACUGUGUCGACACGGCCGGGGGAUACGAGUGUCGCUGUAAGAAUGGCUUCAGUAUGGAAAAUGACACGUGUGAAGAUGAUGACGAAUGUUUUUCUGGACCAUGUGAACAUACAUGCAAUAACAUCAUAGGUAGUUAUCAUUGUGAAUGCUCAGAAGGAUACAGAGUGUCUUCAGAGGACAGACACAAAUGUACCCUGUACUGUCCGCUGUGGGAAUGUCCAGCUGUAGAAUGUGACAUUAACAAUCCUUAUCAGUGCGAGUGCCCGGUUGGCUUCAUUCUAGAAGAACGGGGAGAUGGUUUAUUUUGCACUGAUAUAGACGAUUGUGACGCAUCACUUUGUGAUCACAAUUGCACAAAUAUUCCUGGAGGAUUUACCUGUUCAUGUAAAGAAGGAUUUCAUCUCAGCGGUAGUAUAUCUUGUGUCAAAACAAAAGGAUUCAGCACACCAAAGUCUGUUAGCAUGGUUACACCUACAAGCGUGUCUCCUGCAAUCGAGACAGCUUCGUUCAUCCUAGCUGGAGGUAUUAUUGCAAUAAUUGUGUGCGCUGUCAUGGUCAUUUUUCUGACGGUUUGUGUCAUCCAUCACCAGAAGAAGCGCUGUGGGAAAAUUACGACAGACAAAAGCCACAGCAAGGAUGUACAUGUGUUACAGCAAGUCACUGCAGAAAAAUAUGUCAAAAAAUCAUCUAUCACAAACACUUAAAAAAAAGAUCAGGGUCUUUACCGCUACAUUUUACAUGAACACUUGCAGAAAUAUACCAGGACUAAUUAUUAAGACAAAAAAAUGAAUGUUUCCCUGUAGAAAUGAAGAGAAAGUUUUAGCUUAAAUAUUUAUUCUAAGUAAGCUAUGCAGAUAUUCAGCUGUGACCUGUGAUGUACGCGUUUAUAAUUUUAUUUAAACGCCUGUACAUUCAAAUACAGAAGACUAUAAGAAAAUGUCCAUAAUAUUUAUAUAAACUGUAGAAUAUUACAAAAAUACUCAUUAAAAAUGUAAUAAACGAUUCUUUUGUAUCCA